AUGGUUGGCUUUUUCUGGCGACAAUUUAUGCAAAAUGGAAUUCAGCAGGAAUCAUGGGAAUAUUUCUCGGUAUGCAUACCUGUUGUUGUAAUUUUUGCACCAAUUGGUAGUUUUCUUGCAUCAUACCUUCAUCGACUUACACUUGCAUCAUUCAUUUACAUAUUACAAACGAUUGCUUUGAUUAGUGCUUUGAUAAUAAUUAAGCCUAAUUGGACAUUACUCUUGUUUACUUUUGGUUUUAUUAGCGGUUCAUUGAUAUUUUAUAUGGUAAUCGCUCGAUAUGGGCAAAAAUUAAUGUUACAAAGGAUAAAAGCUUCUGAAAUGAAAGAGAAGACAAAUGAUGGCGCUAUUGCUAUUGAUCUUAGAUGA